AUGCCCGCCCAUCAAUGCUUGUUCUUUCUACACCUCACGGCGGUGAGGAAGAAGAUGAAGACCCAGAUCUAUGCCCUAACAAGGCUCGCCGCAAAGACGUGGGGGUGUACCUUCGCGAGGGUGAGGGAGAUCUACUCGAAAGUGAUCCGAAGUGCGAUCGCGUAUGGAGCCUCAGCCUUCCACACCCCUACAGAGGUAGGCCCCCCCCGCGGGGCCGCAAAGGAACUCGCAAAGAUCCAAUCGGAGUGCCUCAGGGUGGUCGCUGGGGCCUACAAGGCUACCCCAAUACAGAGCUUGGAGACAGAAACCUAUUGCCCACCCAUCGACCUGUACCCCAACAAGAGGCUCCUUGCCUUCGAGGAUCGGGUUAGGAUAUCAGAGGAGGCGAGGCUAAUCCUCCAGACCCCUGCCACAAUCGCUGCGAUCCUGCGGCGGAGGCGCAGAAGGGGGAGAGGAAGACCUCGGCGGGAGGUAGCCGAUAUAGCAACGGCACCAGCGGAAAAGGGCUCAGGCGAAUGGAAGAAGAGGUGGGCACAGGAGUGGGCCCCCCUCGAGUCGAGGCCGGAAAAGGAGGAGCUAGAGCCAGGGUCGACCGGCCCAGGACCAAACCACAAGAAACAGCUCGAGAGGUGGAUGGAGGAGGCAAUGAGAAGGGAGUGGAUUGGAAGAUGGGAGAGUGAGGUAGCUAGGGUGGUCGCUAGGAACCCGGGGCGGGCCCUCGAACCGGCCGAUGCGACCGCGCGGUUCGACGCCUCUAUCAUGAACCGACACCGGUCGAGGGACCCAGCCUGGGAGCUAUCGAAGGCGAAGAGUACCCUCCUAGUGCAAGCGAGGACUGGGAAGAUUGGGCUUCGAGGGUUCCUCUUUACUAGGAGGGUCCCCGAGGUGGUAACGCCGGUAUGCCGCUGCGGUAUGGCGCGCGAGACAUUCAAACACCUCGUACUCGAAUGCAACGGAGCCGCAGAUAAACCUCAGCCCUGGCCAGACGACGGCGCAGAGCUACUGGAGUGGCUCGAUGACGUGGAGAAGGCUGCCAUAGUGGUGCGGUGGGUACUUGGGCUGGGGAGGCUGAACGAGUUCCGGCUGGCGGUAGAGCUGGGAAAAUGA